CAUUAUCAUACUACAAUACAAUGCCAAGAAGAAUCACUCAACUCAUUGUUCUCAUUCUCCAAAGCAUUGUAUGUUUGAGUUUACAAAAUGACACAAUUUCAGCUGGUGUGAUCAUCAGAGAUCCUGAAACCAUUAUAUCAGCAAAGCAGGAAUACAAACUGGGAUUCUUCUCUCCUCCAAACACAACCAACCGCUACUUAGGAAUCUUCUUCACCUUGUCGGAAGAAACCGUGAUAUGGGUUGCCAACAGAGACACACCCCUCAAAGACUCUUCCAGUGCCGUUACUCUGUCUCGAGAUGGCAAUCUUGUCGUCUUAGAUGGGACUAAUCGAACCGUCUGGUCGACUAAUCUCACAACAUCUUCUGUUAAUACAGUCGUCCAAAUCCUGGACACUGGCAAUCUCAUCUUGCAGGAAGAGGACUCUAGAGACACGCUGUGGGAGUCGUUCUCACAUCCUACGGAUGUGAUGGUGCAGGGAAUGAGGCUAAGCCAAAACGUAAACACAGGGAAGCAGGUGCUGCUGACAGCGUGGAAAAGUGCGACCGACCCUGCGAUAGGGAGCUUCACAGGGGGCCUGGAUGCCGCGAGCGGGGCACCACAGCUUGUCGUUUGGGACGAGGGGCGACCGCACUGGAGGAGCGGGCCGUGGAACGGCCUGAUAUUUCUCGGGAUAAAGGAGAUGUUCUACGCCUACUUGGACGGGUUCAGUCAGGUGAGGAACGACAGUGUAGGGAAUUUCUUCUAUUCGAGGCCGCAGAAUAAUGGACUUGUGACAAUCAGCUUGAAUUCUUCGGGUAGUGCGAUUCGGAAGUUGUGGAAUGGCGAGGCAAAGAGAUGGGACGUGGUGAUGGCGUAUCCUGACAACGAGUGUGAUGUUUAUGGAACGUGUGGGGCGUUUGGUAGCUGCAAUGCUCUCGAAUCGCCUAUUUGUAGUUGCUUGAGAGGUUUUGAGCCUGCAAAUGAGGAUGAAUGGAGGAAAGGGAAUUGGACUAAUGGUUGUAGGAGGAAGAGCCAGUUGCAGUGUGGAGACAAUGGAUUUGAGAGGUUGCAGUAUAUGAAGGUUCCGGACUUUGCUCAAACCUUGCCUUCGAGGGUUCAAAACGAGUGUCGGACUGCGUGUCUGAGGAACUGCUCAUGCAUAGCUUAUGCUUAUGAUAUUAACAUUGGUUGUAUGUUUUGGAGCGAUACCUUGAUUGAUACUCAAGAGUUUGAUCGUGUUGGUGUUGAUCUCUACGUUCGUCUCUCUGCUUCUGAAUUUGAGAGCCACAAGAAGAGAAAGUUGUACAUCAUAAUUGCAGUAGUUGUGGGUUUUGUAUUCAUAUCUGUUAUGAUAUUUACUGCAUGGUGGUUGAUGAGGAGGAAAGGGAGAAAAGGCCAAGAUUCAAGUAUUUUGGAAGCAGGGCAGAUGUUCACGACGGAUUCAACUGCAAUCGUGCUAAAAAACGAAACAAGGGAGGUUAAUAUUGGCGAUUUGCCAAAGUUCACUUUCGAGAUGCUUGCUAAUGCAACCAACCAGUUCCAUGAAGAUAAUCUUCUUGGGAGGGGAGGUUUCGGUCCUGUUUACAAGGGAGUUCUGGCGAACGAGAAAGAAAUUGCAGUGAAAAGACUAUCAGCGGAAUCUGGACAAGGGAUGCAAGAAUUCAUGAAUGAAGUGAUUGUGAUUUCCAAACUCCAACACAGGAAUCUUGUCAAACUGUUAGGAGGUUGUGUUGAGAAAGAAGAGAAGAUUCUGAUAUAUGAAUACAUGCCAAACAAAAGCUUGGACACUUGUCUAUUUGGUCAUACGAAUCCCACAAAGAAGUUGCUGGAUUGGAAUAUGCGUUCCAGCAUUAUCGAGGGCAUUGGACGAGGCAUAUUGUACCUUCACAGAGACUCAAGACUAAGGAUCAUACACAGAGACUUGAAACCAAGCAAUGUUCUGCUAGACCAUGACUGGAAUCCAAAAAUCUCGGAUUUUGGGAUGGCAAGAAUAUUCGGAGGCAAUGAAGACCAUGGCAGUACUGCAAGAGUCGUGGGAACAUAUGGAUACAUGGCGCCAGAAUACGGAAUGGAAGGCAGAUUUUCUGAAAAAUCUGAUGUAUACAGCUUCGGGGUGCUGAUUCUGGAGAUCAUUAAAGGAAAAAAGAACACACACUAUUUCAAUGAUGAAUGGUCUUUGAGCCUUAUAGAAUAUGCGUGGAAAAUGUGGAGUGGGGGCAAAGGUUUGAGUUUCGUGGAGGAAAGCAUUGCCAGUAGGGAGACGGAGGAAGAGAUGGUUCGAUGCAUUCAGAUAGGGCUGCUUUGUGUGCAAGACUAUCCCCAGGAUAGACCUUCCAUUGAAAUCGUGCUUUCGAUGCUGAGUGGUGUUAUUGUGGAGUUGCCAGUGCCUAAGCAGCCAGUGUUUGCGGAAAAUGGUUCGAUACCAGGCCCCAAUGGAUCAACACAGCAAAAUGUCUACUCCAAUAACGAGCUAACUCUUAGUGUGCUUGAUGGACGAUGAAUCUAUUUCCAGAUCGUAUAUUACCCUCUCUUGAUUUAAACAAUUUUGUUAUCCUAGACCUAUUUGUAUUGUUUUUUCACCUUCAUAUAAUGCUAAAUGAAUAUUUGGUUGGUA